UUCGGAGGAUUUAUCGCCAGUACAAGCCAAAGGCAGUUUAAUGUAUUUCAUGCUCGGGUAUUUCCCUGGCACACGGUUUGAAACUUGUUUCCUGAGGUAUGGCAAUGUAGACAGCUUUCCAGCUAUGUUUUGGGAAUAUUUCGACGCGGUUGGACGACUUGGAAAUACAGAGGUCUCUACGAGCGAGUGAGAGACAUGGACAACUCUGUCACCCUGUGGCAGUUCCUUCUCCAGCUCCUGUUGGAUUCCAGUAAUGAGCAGCUGAUCUGCUGGACCAAUGAGGAAGGGGAGUUUAAACUGCUGCAGGCAGAGGAGGUGGCCCGGCUGUGGGGAGCCCGCAAGAACAAGCCCAACAUGAACUAUGACAAACUCAGUAGGGCUCUCAGAUACUACUACGACAAGAACAUCAUAAAGAAGGUAAAUGGUCAGAAGUUUGUCUAUCGCUUUGUGUCCUAUCCCGACAUACUGAAAGGAGACGUUGCUAUCCGAGAGGGUGGGGAUGUGGUUGCUGGGGGCAACCCUCCCCUAUUGAAGAGAGGAGACAGCACUCUGCAGGAGUGUGAGUCUGGUGAUCACAGCAAGGUAGGAGGUACUUCAGCUGCUCUGGGCUCCAGCACAAAGCAGUCAAACCGUAACGACUACAUCCACUCUGGCCUGUACACCUCCUUUACCCUCAACUCUCUGCAAAAUGGACGGCAGCUCUUCAAGUCCAUCAAAAUAGAGAACCCAGCAGAGAAGAUGGCUGACAAGAGAGGCCUCACUGCCACAGCCCAUAGCCAGGAGCAGUUGCCCCAGUCACAGCAGUCAACUGCUUUACCAUCUGUAAUCAAGUUUGGAAACACCCCUCCAAAGCCAGCACCAGCACCUCCUCCUCAGGUUGCCAUGGAGCCAACCCUAAUAUCCAACCACUUGGAUCCUCUGCAAGUUCCACCCACGCGGGCCGAAGACAUCAGCACACACUCCUCCUUGCCGUCCCAGUCUGUCUACUCAUUUGAACAUAUCCGCCCAUCGGAACCAGCGUUCAGCUUACCAGACCUGACCUCGGCCAGCCCGUCUCCAAGCCUAGUGCCUGACUCCUCCCAGGAGCUGGUGAUUGACAGCGACAUAGAGUCUGGCUCUUCUCAGCCCACAGGCACUCAGGCACGGGAGAAGGUGGACAGUGGCAUUGGUUUGUCUGGAGAUGAGACCAGUUUGGUGGAUGCUGAAACCAGUUCAUCCUCAGUGAGCAGCAGCACCACAGUCUGCACCCAGAGCUCAGGGAAGACACGCAAGCCACCCAAGAUCCUGCAGAUCAGCCCGCCAACUCUGCUUGUCACCACUUCCGACUUCUCCCCCAUGAACCUCUGCAGCCCCUCUCUACCUACUGCCUCUCUCACACCAGCAAUGCUACAGACUCCCACUCUGUUGCUGACUCCCAGUCCUCUGCUGUCUAACAUCCACUUCUGGAGCACGCUCAGUCCAGUCGCUCCCCUCAGCCCAGCCACACGUCGCCAGGGAGCCCACCUUUUCCAAUUUCCUUCAGUCCUCACCCCUCAGUUCCAGAUCCCUGUACACAGUAUGGAUGGGACCAACACACCCGGCCCCAUUUCCCCAGACCCCCAGAAGACAUAGGAUAAACCCCCCACAGCACCACUGCAUUUGGACCCAGCCAGCCAGACACCGUCCCCACUCCUGCUCUCACAUCCAGGACAGUUAUGUGGGAGCUCAUUGCCAUUCCUCAUCACUCCGGUGCUUUAAAGUUCACUGCCACAGAACUUACACUACACUCAGACGUGUGGAGAGAGGAUCUGAUAUGUUGGCAGUCCAGGUUUGAUGGAUGAGGGUAACACAUUCGGUUUGUUUCACAGCAUUUACACCCUGCAGAUGAUCUCCUGUACUCACACACACUGAUGCCAUUGUUGCUUAUGCACUUUUCUUUCAUUUUGUCUGGCUUUUUGGGAUCCUCAGUCACAACAAUUCAAAGGAGGGAGGAAUUUCCAUAGCAACACUUGGUGCAUGUGGAUUGGACUCUCAGCAGUGACAAUCUGCUUCAUACUUGGAAUCAGAGACCAGUGGGAUUGCAGAUACCUGAAUCUUUCCUUUUAUAUAAUUUCCUUCUUCUAGCAACAGUGUUACUGCCAAAAGAUGCGUUUUAUGUUGUCAGUGUCGAAUCUGCUUUCUCCUCCGCUGACAAUGAUUCUGCUCCUUUCUGCGCUUUGUCCUUAAUUUUUCCUCUCGUUGUAGAGUAGUGCUUGAACUUGAUAGUGCGCAUGUUUACCUGCAACUCGUUUAUCUUUCCCCAGCUCUCCACCUCGCCUCACCUGCCUGAGUGUGUACUAUUUGCUGCUCUGAAGUGUUGGCUGACUAUAGCCAUAUCCCACAGGACUUUUACCUUGGCUGUCUUAUCAUAACAUAUGGCCAUAAUCCAAGCUGAACCUUGAAUCAUGCCUCUAUGUAACUGUUCUAAUGCAUAUAUACAGCAGAGUAGCCCUUAAAGCCAGUGUGGCCUGGUCUGCCUCCAGCCACUGAACUUUCAAGUGGGAGUGAAAGAAAGUGAAGCCAUAACCCGUUUUGUGCAUCAACUCUGCAAGCAACAGCACACAAAUCAUGUUUUUGUUUCUGCAGCCCUACAUUGUUAAAGGCAGCCGUCCUGUUAGUGACUCUUAUUUACAGAUUUACUGUACAGUAAAUAUGUGGCUAGCAGCUGCUUAGCACAAAGACUGGAAACAGCUGGGCUGGUUCACAAAAUCCCCCUACCAGCAGCUCUAAAGUUAACUAAUUAUCAUGUUGUUUCUUGUGUGUUUAAAAGUGUGAAAAAGUGUAAAAACAUCAAUUUACUAUUGUAUGUGCCAGAAUUUUUUAUGGCUGGGAGCAGAGACUUAUUGGAGUCUCAGUUGGUCUCCUGAUAACUGCUCAUGGACAAGAAAUAGUUCCAGCACACCCAUAAAACCACAAAUUGUUAUUUUUAUACUGAAGGAGAUCUUACAGGUUAAUUAAUGAACUUCAGAGGUGUCGUUAGGGCCAGGCUAGCUGUUUCCCCCCCCCCCUUUUCCCACUGCUAAGCUAGGCUAAGCUAACCAGCUGCUGGUUUCAGCUACCUAUUUUACAAUACAGACAUGAGGGUGGCAUCGUUCUUCUCAUGUAACAUUUCGCAAGAUUAGGUGUAUUUCCUUAAAUGUUGAGCUAUUCCUGAAAGUAGAAUUUGAACUAAAGCCAGACCUUGUGAGGCAAAGUCAGGGCCGUUCUGUCUGUGGCUUAUGAUUAUAUGGAUGGCUGUUGCUUGCAGCACCAGAGCAGUUGUUUAUCACUGACUGAACCUCCGAAUCUUACAGGCUAGACUCUUAACAGUCUAGCCUUAACCUUUGCCUAGCCUUAGCCAUAUGAAGUACAUCAACCUUUAAUCCCGAGGACUGUAGAAACCUCCUGGAACACUGAAGCACCUUCUUGCCCAAAAACCCAUAAACUCCUGUAGAUCAUCAGCCAUGAAAGGUUUACAUCUACUUUUGUAAAUGACUUUGAAGCCAUAAGUCUGAGACAGACUGAAUAGCAAGAUCCCACAAAUCUACACUGUUAAAUGUAGAAAUUGUACAUCACACUUGUUUACAUGAUACUUGGAUAGAACACGCUUAGGUGUUUCUUUACCAAAGUGUCCCUUUCUAACCCAGGGAUGGAUGACCAGCGAAUCUUGGGGGGGUGGGGGUGGUCAUACUCAUUUAUACUCACCUAACAACAGACAUUUGCUGUCCGUCACAUUGAUAUAUACGGUGCCUUACCACAGCCAAGCCCAGGUUUAUCUCCCAAAAGUGGAUGGAGUUCUAUUUAACAGUAUGUACAGAACUAACAGCGUUCCUGUUUGUCUUUAUGCCAUAUCUUUGUGCACACCAAACCAGAGCCCCAGAGGUUUGGAGUACACUGCAGCUCUGCCACAGCUUACGUACUGCAGGACCUUAACAGUGCUGCAGUGUUCUUCAGGAUGCAUAUCUGUAUAUAGACAGCAACAUGGGUUAAUAUGCAGCAUGUAAAUCUAAUCAGGCCAUGUUUUAUAGUUUGUCUCUUUCUAACCUGUUUAUAAAUGUUUACUCCGAAAAUAUAUAUAUACAUAUAAAACCUGUUUAUUAUGUUUUGUGUAAUCUCCUUUAAUUUUCCUGUAACACCAAUAGAUUAUAAGAUUAAUUUCUAUUUUUGUAACGGCCAGAUAGAUUUCUGCUAUUUUGGGUUUUCUGAUUUUGCGGUCUCUUGUGCAUGUUUCUUUCUGUUGUGUUCGGCAGGCGGCUGCUCCAUUGUGGCAUUGGCUACUUUUGGGAAUCAAAGCCUUAUGGGGAGAAAUCUAAAUCUAUGUUUUAUAUGUAAAGUGUUUUGAUAUAGUGUUGAUAUUGUACAUGCAGAUGUUGUGAUGGAACGUUUGCACUCAAAAUUUUGGGGUUCCUGUAAUAUUGGAUUCUGUCACUUUUCUAUAACUCAGAUUUCCUCUUUGAAGAAAUGUUGAAUUUUGCUUACUCAGAAAUGUAUAUUUUCCCAAAGGGAAGAUAAAAUUAUGCACUUAGUAUUUUAUACAGUAAAUCUAAUAUUUUACAAUAUAUAUCAAGUGAUAUACAGUACAGUGAUUUAUGAUUAGGCACUACCACACAAUAUUUAUUUAUUUGAAUUUAUAGUAGAGCCCAAUAUAAUUGGUAGCUCAUAUUGCAUUUUUGCAGUAACUUUGGUGAAAAACUAUAAAAUAUCCAGAUAAAAACCCCAAAGCCCUGAAACUUUCCUCCAUCAAGUCUUCUAGGACUUGUUUGCAUAUAGCUUCAUUUCUGUCUUCUGAUGGUGUUUUUCCCUUUAGCUUACCUUGAAAUGACCGUUCUGGCUUUGUUCUGUCCAGUUUUCUAUUUGUUUGAUGCUUUUUCAAAUGUUUACAAGCUGCUUGUCUUAAGUGGCGUAUUGAUAUGUGAGCGGCGUAGAGGAAGUGUUUCUAAUGGAAGAGAAAGGUGAGACCAAUAAUACAUGAUCUCUAACUGA